UUUACAGGUUGUACAGCACUGCACGUUCUGGCUGAGAAGGCAAACAUUAGUGAACGCAAUACAUGUUGGGACGGUAAGGCUGUGAGUGUGAAGGAAGCCUGGGUCAACUUGGCCAGCUUGAUCAUGUCACUGGGCUGUGAUCCCAGGUUACCCAACCACCACAACAGGUACCCUCACCAGGUUGCUCGUGACGCUGGUAACGCACACCUGGCCAACCAGCUUGCCAAGGCAGUGGGAAAUCUGGGAAUGGUCAGCUCUGCUAAACCUGUUGUAAAGUUUAAUGACUUUCUUGAAGCAUCUAGAUCAGGAAAUGUAAAAGUUAUGCAAGAUCUUCUGAUGAAAGGUGUACAUAUCUUACCACUGGGGUCCCGUAAAGACCCUCUGCUUGAGGCCAUCCAUGGAGGUCACAGAGAUGCAGUGUUCCUCCUGCUGAGUGCUGGUGCACCACUCUGUGCUCAUGGCCUGGUAGGCAACACUCCAUUUGAAGCUGCACACAGUACCAUUGGUCUCCCUGCUCUCUUCCCUGCUCUUAUUAGGAAGGCCUUGUGUGAUAGAUUACAAGCAGAGAUAGACAUGAUACCUGGUUGUGACAACCUUCAGAACAUCAUGAAGGAUGGUAUGUCAUACCUUAAGACCACCACUGAAGUAUCAGGGCACAAGUUAGGUGAAGAACUGAGUACAUGGUUGGACUGCUGGCCUAUGAGCACGUCAGUCAAUUAUACUGACAUGUUGGCAAUGGCAGCAGCAUCAGGGCUGACUCUUACUUGCCAGUUGCUUGGAGUGGCUGGAGUGUGUCUUAACCCUCUUCCACAUCACCUACAUCCACUUGUUCAAGCACUCAACAAUCACCACCACGACACUGCCUAUUCUUUGUGUCGUGACUUGAAAAUGAACCCUUAUAGUACAGAGUGUAAUCUAGAUUAUGUUUCUGAACAGCUUAUAAAUGAUUUGUUAGAGAGUGAAUUGGAGAAAUUUGAAAGGAAAUUACAGAAAAAAGAAAUAGGAGAAACUGCCACAAAAGAGCUUUUGGAUUAUGCAAAAGGCAUUAAAGAGGGACAGACUGAUAAACAAAUAAAAACAUUUCUGUACUUGCUUGCUGAGCUGAGCUUGGUGACAGUUUUUCACAGGACAGUAAGGAUGACCACUAAUCUGGAUAUUGAUGAAAUAGUGCAUGAGGCAUCGAGGAGCACAAUGCUGCACAUCGCUGCUGCAUACGGUAAGAUCAACAUGGUUGAGUAUUUGUUAUCACAAGGUGCCAGAUACAUGUAUAGCACUUGUGGUGGUCUCAAUGCCUCACAUCUGGCAGCACUAAGAGGCCACAAGGAGUGCAUGGAGUACAUAGUUGGGUACACAGGGAAUGCAGUGGAGUGUAGUAUGGGUAUGAAGCCUUCGGUAAUUCUACAACACUUCAAUGAGAAUGUUAAGAGAUGUCAUUUGGAUCUAUUGUCGUUCCAAGAAGUAUUGGUAAUAUCAAACACGAAGGGGGACCUUGCAAAGGCAAAGCUUAUACUAAAAGGCAAAAGUCAUAAGUUAGGAAUUACAAACCCAACUAAUCUCUGGGAUAACUUGCUUCAAGAAGAGAAAAAAAUGGAUGGAAUUAUAUCCAGAGAGUUUGAAAGCAUAGUGAAGCAUGACGUUCAUAUGUUAUUUGAUAACAUUAGAAAUGUGGAUCCAAGAUUUACUGGUAAAAUUGUUUACUACUCGCCCUUAACUGAAAAAUUGGAAUUUUUUCUUCCAGAGAAUUUAGAAUUUUACCUAGAAAUUGAUGAGUAUAAUGCCCUAAAGGAAGGCUGUAUUUCUGUAAAGGAGCUGGAAAGAAAUGCAAUAAAAAAUGAAGAAUGUGUAAUAGGUAUAUCUUCAUCUAGGGAACAAACACUUUUCAUAGGUGCUAAUUUUAGAAACACCUUUUGUAAAGCUGCUCAUGAAGCUCUCUCAGCAACAAGCUUCAAGUUCCUUGCACUCAUACCACCUUUUCUGGCUCAUACUUCUACUGGUGUGUGCAUUUAUGCUAUGUACCGAGAGAAGCAGAAAAUAUUACCACUGCGUAUAAUGCUUACCCCAGUCUUGAAGGUUCCACGUCCCCAGGGGCUUCAUCUACAUAAGUUGCCAAAACGAUUUCAGAAUGACCUGCAGUCUCACACUUAUGAACACAUAGCCAACACAUCUGAAAGUAACUGGCUGUAUAUAUAUAAUUUUGCACAUAAGUGUAUCAUUGAUGGUAUUAGAGUAGAGGAGCAUAUUGUUCUUCAAGCAUGCUGUUACUUUGCCAAACUCCUCAGCACUUGUUGGUGGCUGCCCAAGCAAGAGCACCGGCGACAUGGUCGAGCCUGGCAGAUCUAUCCUGUUGGUGUAAAUGUCCCAAGCCUCAGGACCUUGAAAUCACUAUUUCUUGAAGAAUUAAUUGAAAGAGAGGAACAUAUGUGGGGUAAGGAGCACUUCAUUGAAAGAAUUAUAAGUGUUUUAAGUAGGGGGUUAUAUUCUGGAAAAAGUGCCGAGUCUUUUAUUGUUCCACCACAGUGGGACCCCAAGUUGAGUGGAGGAAUUCAGGCUACUAUUCAGUUCCUACAAAAUCUGCAGAAAAGUUAUAAUGAUAAAAUAAGAAAAAAUAACAUUUUCAACAAGAAGCAGUGAUACAUCUGUUCGUAAUGGUACAAAAAUUUACCAUUUUCUACCCACUUUAUGAACAGUAUUAUAUUGUAAAUAUUUUUUAUAAUAUGCUGUACUACUUUUAGAAGUGUGAAAUAUACCUUAAGGACUACUACUGGAAAACACAGCCCCUGAAAUACACCAUAAAAAUACCUGAA